CAAUAAGCCUUCAACCGGCUGGAUAAUUAAAUAAUAAUGGGAAGCGAGGCUGCAGCUACCAGUGGAAACGUCCGAUCGAGCACCGUCGUUGAUUCAGAUGGAUCCGAUACAUGGGAAGAUUUUUUCGGAACGUCAACGGACCUGGUACCGCAGCUGCUGGGAAUGUUCGACGAGAUUGUGCGUAGAGGAACGUCGAGCUGCACCAACCAUGCAGUAUUGCAAUCGACCUGCGGUAUACCGGCAGCGUUGCAAAAACGAUUGAGUUUGGUAUCACGUUCAUCGCGUCGAGGAUCCCUUUUGAAUCCAUUAUACGUAACCGAGUCCGGAUCACCGAUGUCGCACGAGGACAACAACAACCAUCAGUCGAACCUUAAUCAUCAUCAUCAUCAUCAUCAUCAACAUCAUAAUCGUAAUAAUAAUAAUAAUCAUAAUCGAGAAGCGAUGGAUUCCCUGAAAGAAACCCCAACGACGAUGUCUUUAUCGGAAAAAGAUUCCAGCAGGGUGGAGGAGAUUACGACGGUCGAAAACGAUGAGGAUGAUAUACGAUAUACGAAAUCUGUAAGCACUGAUCAAUUGGAAGUCCAAGUCGGCGAGGAAAAAUCAAUCGACGUCCGAAGAGCGUCUGACAACGUGAUCAGCGGUUCAAAUGGAACUACUACUACUUCAACAACCACUCAUCAACCUGUCGAUUAUCCAAGAAAUUCUACUACAAACUCUGCACCCUACAGCAACAACAGCAAUACAACAACUCAAUCUGGUAACGGUGGGGGUCUAUCACCGCUAAGAUACAACAACAGACGAUGUAGAAAUGGCAAUAGUACCAACGGAGGAUCCAGACCAUUGUCCGGAAGCUCAAUAGCAUCCAGCACGUCGUCGAGUGGUUGCAGUAACCAGGGGAUAGCAUCCGCGGUUAACCCUUAUUUAGCAUCGGUUGAAUCCUUGGCGGAUACUUGCGCGAGUUCUCAAGGAUCAGCCGAUAGCGGUGUUGUUACGGUAUCGGACAGUAUUUGUCGCGGUGAAGAGACCGGAGUGACCAGUAGCAAUCUACAGCGGCGAGAUAGCGCGGAAAGGCCGCAAUCCACUUACAACAAUCAACCAAGACCACGUUACAGCGAUCCGCAUCGCAACCCCGUGGAAAGAGUCCUGUUAGAAAUAGUCGAUACCGAAGCCGUGUACGUCGAGCAUCUGCGGCAAGUGAUACAGGGAUAUCUCAUAUUUUGGAGAGACGACCCUUUGUCACUGGUGGAUCAACCUCAACUCAGCGAUUUAUUCAGCAAUAUCGAAGACAUUUACGAAUUCAAUAGCGAGUUUCUCAACGAAAUAAAAAAUUGUGGAUUGGAUCCGGUUUGUGUGGCCAACACGUUCGUCAAACACAAUUCGGGGUUUGAAGUCUACACCGAAUACUGUACAAACUAUCCGAGGACCGUCGCCGUGCUGACAGAUUUGAUGGGUCAAGAACGAACCGCCAACGCCUUUCGAGAAAGGCAGGCAGCCCUCGGUCAUGCUUUACCUUUAGGCUCAUUCCUGCUGAAACCGGUUCAAAGAAUACUAAAAUAUCACCUCUUGUUACAGAACUUGUCCAAGGAAUGUGAUGCCGACGUUGAGGAGAACGAAUUGACGAUAAGCGCAAUCGAGGGGGCUUUAGCUGCAAUGACGGGCAUCGCGAGGCACAUUAACGUGAUGAAAAGAAAGCACGAACACGCCGUACGUGUUCAAGAGAUUCAAUCUUUACUCUACGGUUGGCCAGGACCAGACUUAACUACCAGCGGAGAACUGGUCGCAGAGGGACGGUUUCGCAUGCGAGGAGCAAAGGCGCCUAGACACGCGUUUCUGUUCGACAGAAUGCUUUUACUUACAAAGAAAAAAGAAGACGGACUCCUAGUCUACAAAGCUCACAUUGUGUGUUCUAAUUUGAUGCUCAUCGAAAGCAUUCCUGGAGAGGCGCUCAGUUUUCAUGUUAUUCCAUUCGAUAAUCCUCGUCUCCAAUACACGUUGCAGGCUCGUAACUUGGAACAGAAACGGGAAUGGACGAUGCAAAUAAAAAGGGUGAUUCUAGAAAAUUACAACGCAGUUAUUCCCUCGCAUGCCAGACAGCUAGUGAUGCAACUUGGACAGACGCAACCCGAAGACGAAGCUACGGGGGAUAAGGGAUCGGCAAAAAAACAACAUUCGGCACCUCCUGAAUAUUUAGAGAAACGAAAGCAGGAGAGAGAGAGACGCAAGCCUGAAACUAGCCUGAGAAACAAGUUGCGAAAAAGUGGACGUAAAACCGAACCUAACGUGUCCGCCAUUGAGGUGAGCACAGCUAUUUGGCACGGGGUUGGUACGGGGGCAUUGGUACUUCCUCAACUUGAUGCAUGUAACAAACUUUCUUCUCCUAACCUUUGGAUCAAGGACAUGCCGACUACCCUGAGUAAAAAUCAGUCCACAGAGUCGAUAACAAGUAACAGUCGAGACCAAAGUCUGAAUAGAUCCGCCGACGGUCGUUCUUUGAAAGUUAAGGACCGUUUCGCAAGUUGGCGCAGAAAGUCUGAACCCGGUUUCCAGUCGUACGUAUCGUUGAAUCAGUCGGACGAAGAAGAAAAGGAUAGCGAAGCUUGCACCGAGGAGACGUUAGUCAACCCGGAACGUUACGAGUUAACGGACGAUAUAGAGAUAGCGCAAGACGCUACAGAAUUAUUGAACAACAGCAAUAAUUCUUCUACUCCGCCUCCUCUUCCUUCGAACCCUCCUGCGACGACGAUUACCAAAGAUAAAAAUAAAGACAACCAAGAGCAGCAAGCGCAGCAAACAAUGGAGGAGAUAGUUGGUCACAUAUUAAUGCAAAAUCGAGACUUCCAAAAAUUAUUAGAGAAGCAGAGAACGAGUAGCAUUAUAAACAUGCGACAGCAGCAGCGUUUCAAUAAGCACAUGCACUCUGCCGAUACGUCGGACAGCGAGACGGAGAACGAUACUGCCAAUAACAAUAACCACAGCAACAACAACAACAACAAUCACAGAGGUACAAGAUCGAUGCGAUUGACUAGACGCGAGCAAAGAUUGGUGAGAGCGAACAAUGCAAGGAAUUCGACAUCGCCUCCGUCGCCACGAGAAGAUCACCACACAAGUUUGCAGCUUCGCUACGAUAAUCUGAGAUUAGAAAACGAUCACGAAAGUGAUUUGUCGACGACGUCUGUUAAUAAGAAUCGUACGAAUCGAAUAAGCGAGAAACGAGCGAUAUUUGAGUCAUUUAAGAAACAGAGUAUCGUCACCGAGAGUAAAGUGAUAAAAACAGCGCUUCGUAUCAGGGAAAAUUCUACACUGGAAAUGGAACGAGAGAAGUUGAGAAAAGAGCCUAUAUAUGAGACCAUCCCUGGCGAAGACGAAAUCAGGAAACCGGAUGAGGAAGACGAAGGUGAUACUGCCAUCGAGAACAUAAAAAGUAACGACGAAUCCAAAGGUUUUGGUAACUACGAUAACUUGCAGAGAGUUUGGGAAGGCGUAAGGCAACAGGAUGAGGAAAUCGACGGAGGCGAUAGUCCGACAAAGCCAGCAGUUUGGCUGACUAAAUUGUGCGAAGGCCUGCCUACGACGACCCAAAAAUCCGGUUCACUGCCUCGAAGUUUCCAGAUAAAUCCACACGACAAUCCUUCCUAUCCGCAAGUAACGAAGUCGAGAUUCUUGCAAAGGGAUGGAAAACCGAUGAGCGAACGACCGUUUACAAUAGCGUCCGACAAACCGGCUGAAAUCAACCUCGAGGACAUGGAGAGAUACGCUUCAUCCUGUCAACCGGAAAGUAGAAUUGCAAAGUUCCCAACGUCCACGUCGACGUCAACGUUUUUCUACUCGCUUGACGAGGACUCUUUUACCGACGCAUAUUCUGAAGUUCAAUCGUCAACAUCCGCCAGCGCAAACGUUCAUCCUGACCACAAAAUUUACAGGGCGAGUGUAAGCACCGGCACGUUGUUGAAAAACGUAUUUUCCAAGAAGGGAAGUAUACUGCAUGGACUUCGGUCAACGGAGAGCAUAGAGACUCUGGGAUGCAGCGACGAGGCUGACAGAGUCAGGCAGCUUGGAUCGAUCGGCAGUAGCAAGGUGAAAAAGAAGAGUAAGUCUAAAUAUUCGAGAGAAACUUCGUCGGAUGUUGAUGAAAUGAUGAGCGGAUGUGUCGCCGGAGGGAACAACGGAUCUUCGUCUAAAUCGUCGUUGAAAGUUCCCUCGGUUUACUACAAACAAGGAAGCUCCGGACUUGGUGCUCGUAUAGCGCAAUCCGAUUACGCAGAUCCUACCGUACUUUUUGGAGAUAGUAUUUUGAAGCGCACGGCGAGUGUUGGCGACGGUUUAGAAAACAAGGUGGAAUUAUCAGAGGAUAAAAAUGGUGACGAGUGUAUUUUAGAGCGUAGGGAAAACGAGGCGGAUAGUUUUUACGAAAAGUCCUUCGAGACCAUAGAAAAUUACGUGAAUCCCGAGACGGAAGAAGUGUUCAGGGACAGUGCAAUAUUUAGUGAUACGGACGAGGCGACGUCGGCCAAGACCGCACAACCUACUUCGGCUAUUAUUUAUAAAAAGAUUCCUCCAGCUGUGCCAAAAGUCGCUCCGCCAAUUCCGGUGAAACGUAAACCGGAAAUUUCAACACCCCCAAAAGUAUUUGCGAAAUUUGAAAAAUCAGGGGAAAAAGUUAAACCCGCAGUUGCUCAAAAACCUAAUUACCUAAAAGUGAAGAGUGUCUUCCAGAGUGAACUGGAAAACACUGUUCAAAAGCCUUUAAGGAAAACUACUGGAACGCUGAACCGUAGUAACGUUGAGUUGGCUCAAAGUAUUAACAGCGAAGAAAAACAAACCGAGAAUACCGUUGACGAGAGGGAUGAUGUAUCGGCAGGUCAAAGCCGAGCAGGUUGGGUGCGUAAAAUUGUUGGUCAAUUACAGGGUCAAGACGAUGCAUAA